AACUAUAUAGCGAAAAAUACAAUAUCAAAACUGGCAGCACUGUAGGGAAGCCAAAUGCCAAUAUCCAUAUGCCGGAUGGAUCAUUUUCGCGCCCGGCUGACAAUGAGAAAUGUUUGAUACGUUACAUAGUGUUGUGAAAACUUUUCUACGACGCGAUCACAUUGUAAUUAUAUUGCUUCAGUUAUUCAAUCUAUCAUUUUAACAACAUGUCUCAAACUGAGGAAGCUGUGGACAUUGCAGACGUCGGUGAUAAUUCUAAUGGAUCAUCAAGCGAUACGACAUCGUCGAGGGGUAAGGAAGGUGACUUCGAAAGCAAGAUUGAGACAGAUCGAGCUAAAAGAUUCGAGUUUUUGUUGAAGCAAACCGAAAUUUUCUCUCAUUUUAUGACAAAUACCCCCAAAUCUAGUGGAAGCCCACCUAAAGCGAAAGCUGGAAGACCCAAAAAAAUCAAAGAUCCUGAUUCAUCAGGAGCUGGAGAUCAUCGCCACCGGAAAACUGAACAAGAAGAAGAUGAAGAAUUACUUGCUGAAACAAACACAAAACAAAAAACUAUAUUUCGUUUUGAAGCAUCACCGCAUUAUGUUAAAAAUGGUGAAAUGAGAGAUUAUCAAGUCCGUGGUCUGAAUUGGAUGAUAUCAUUGUAUGAAAAUGGUAUUAAUGGCAUUUUAGCUGAUGAGAUGGGUCUUGGUAAAACUUUACAAACAAUUUCACUUUUGGGUUAUAUGAAACAUUUUAAGAAUGUCCCUGGACCACAUAUUGUUAUCGUGCCAAAAUCAACACUUACGAACUGGAUGAAUGAGUAAAAAUGGUGUCCUUCAUUGAGGGCCGUAUGUCUAAUUGGUGACCAAGAAACUAGGAACACAUUCAUACGCGAGACACUCAUGCCAGGCAACUGGGAUGUAUGUAUAACAUCAUAUGAAAUGAUAAUACGAGAGAAAUCAGUAUUCAAGAAGUUUAAUUGGAGGUACAUGGUGAUUGAUGAAGCGCAUCGUAUCAAAAAUGAAAAGUCUAAACUGUCAGAAUUACUUAGGGAAUUUAAGAGUAUGAAUAGACUCUUGCUUACUGGCACCCCAUUGCAAAAUAACCUCCAUGAACUUUGGGCACUUCUUAAUUUCCUUCUUCCCGAUGUGUUCAACAGCUCUGAUGAUUUUGACUCUUGGUUUAACACAAAUGCAGCACUUGGAGAUAACCAACUAGUAUCAAGAUUGCAUGCAGUUUUGAGACCUUUCUUACUUCGACGUCUCAAAUCUGAAGUAGAAAAGAAAUUAAAACCCAAAAAAGAGGUUAAAGUGUAUGUGGGCUUAAGUAAGAUGCAGAGAGAUUGGUACACAAAAGUUCUUAUGAAGGACAUUGAUGUGGUGAACGGCGCUGGUAAAGUAGAGAAAAUGCGGCUGCAAAACAUUUUGAUGCAGCUCCGCAAGUGUUGCAAUCACCCCUACUUGUUCGAUGGCGCUGAACCAGGACCACCAUACACUACCGAUGAACACUUGGUCUACAACUGCGGGAAACUCACUAUAUUGGACAAGUUACUCCCAAAACUAAGGGAGCAGGGCUCAAGAGUGCUCAUUUUCUCUCAAAUGACAAGAAUGUUGGAUAUAUUGGAAGAUUACUGUCUGUGGAGGCAGUAUAAGUAUUGUCGGUUAGAUGGUCAAACGCCUCACGAAGAUAGAAAUAGGCAAAUUGAAGAAUACAACAUGGAGGGUAGUGAGAAAUUCGUUUUUAUGUUAUCCACACGCGCUGGCGGUCUCGGUAUAAAUCUCACUUCAGCUGAUGUGGUUAUCAUUUAUGAUUCCGAUUGGAACCCUCAAAUGGAUCUGCAGGCUAUGGACAGAGCGCAUCGAAUUGGUCAAACCAAACAAGUACGAGUUUUCCGUUUAAUCACAGACAACACAGUUGAGGAAAAAAUAGUAGAACGAGCAGAGGUGAAACUUCGACUCGACAAACUAGUUAUACAGUCAGGUCGUUUGGUAGACACCAAGAAUCAGCUCAAUAAAGAUGAAAUGCUGAACAUGAUUAGACAUGGGGCCAAUCACGUGUUCUCGUCUAAAGACUCUGAAAUUACUGAUGAAGAUAUUGACACUAUAUUAGCCAAAGGAGAAGUCAAGACCGAAGAAUUAAAACAAAAGUUGGAAAGCCUCGGGGAAUCUUCAUUGCGUGCAUUUUCAAUGGACACUCCUGGUGCCACCACAGAUUCGGUGUAUCAGUUUGAAGGCGAAGAUUACAGAGAGAAACAAAAAGUGAUACCAAUCGGUAGUUGGAUAGAACCUCCAAAACGCGAACGUAAAGCCAAUUACGCAGUGGAUGCUUACUUCAGAGAGGCAUUGCGCGUCUCUGAACCGAAGGCGCCAAAGGCCCCGCGACCACCAAAGCAGCCGAUUGUUCAAGAUUUUCAGUUCUUCCCACCGAGACUUUUCGAACUAUUGGAUCAAGAAAUUUAUCAUUAUCGUAAAACUUUGGGAUACAAGGUCCCUCGUAACCCAGAAUUAGGCCCUGAUGCAGCUAAAAUUCAGCGAGAAGAACAAAGGAAGAUAGAUGAUGCAGAAGCGCUCACUGAAGAAGAAAUACAAGAGAAAGAGCAGUUACUUACGCAAGGUUUUACAAAUUGGACAAAGCGUGAUUUUAAUCAGUUUAUAAAGGCCAAUGAAAAAUAUGGCAGAGAUGAUAUUGAAAAUAUUGCAAAAGAUGUUGAAGGAAAGACACCGGAAGAGGUCAUGGAGUAUUCCGCCGUUUUUUGGGAAAGAUGUCAUGAGUUACAAGAUAUUGACAGAAUAAUGGGACAAAUCGAAAGAGGCGAGGCAAAAAUCCAGAGAAGAGCUUCAAUUAAGAAAGCCUUGGAUGCAAAAAUGGCUCGUUACCGUGCGCCAUUUCAUCAACUUAGGAUUUUGUACGGAACGAAUAAGGGAAAAAAUUACGUAGAAGAAGAGGAUAGGUUUUUGGUGUGCAUGCUGCAUAAAUUGGGAUUCGACAAAGAAAAUGUUUACGAAGAACUCCGCGCAGCCGUGCAUGCCGCACCACAAUUUCGUUUUGACUGGUUUUUGAAAUCUCGUACAGCUGUUGAAUUACAGCGCCGGUGUAAUACACUGAUUACUUUAAUUGAGAGAGAGAAUCAGGAGUUAGAGGAAAAAGAACGUGCAGAGAAGAAGAAAAAGAGUGGCAACGCUAAUCAAAAUACACCAGGAGGCAAUGCUACUGGCAAGGGAACCAAUGCUGGCAAACGUAAGGCUGAUGGCGCCCUAGACUCUGCUCAGAAACACAAGAAGAAGAAGAAAUGAGAUUUGGCACCGCGCAUACGCUAUAAUCAACGCCCCAGUAGAACCGUGAACAAAA